AUGAGGGUUCACUUCAUCCUACAUAGAGCAUACUGCACAGCCACAACAAUUAACUCCAGUUUUGAGAUCUCUCGUCUCUCAAGGGUCGGUCAAAUCAAUGAAGCUCGGAAGUUUUUUGAUUCGUUACGCUUUAAAGCAACCGGUUCCUGGAAUUCAAUUGUCUCUGGGUACUUUGCAAACGGCAUGCCAAGAGAAGCACGCCUUCUGUUCGAUCAAAUGCCUGAGAGAAACAUCGUUUCGUGGAACGGCUUGGUUUCAGGGUAUAUUAAGAACGGGAUGAUUGAGGAAGCCAGGAAAGCCUUUGAGAUGAUGCCGGAGAGGAAUGUUGUCUCGUGGACCGCAAUGGUGAAAGGUUAUGUGCAAAAAGGCAUGGUUGCUGAAGCGGAGUCGUUGUUUUGGAUAAUGCCAGAGAAGAAUGAGGUUUCUUGGACUGUGAUGUUUGGUGGUUUGAUUGACGAGGGGCGUAUAGAUGAUGCACGUAGGUUGUAUGAUAUGAUGCCUGUGAAAGAUAUUGUAGCAAGUACUAACAUGAUUGGUGGGUUGUGUAAAGUAGGAAGAGUGGAUGAGGCAAGAACGAUUUUUGACCAGAUGCGAGAUAGAAAUGUGAUAACUUGGACCACGAUGAUUACAGGGUACGGGCAGAAUAACCGGGUGGAUGUUGCUAGGAAGCUUUUUGAAGUGAUGCCGGAGAAAACUGAAGUUUCAUUGACUUCCAUGCUUUUGGGCUAUACCCUGAGUGGAAGAUUCGAGGACGCUGAGGAAUUAUUUGAGGCAAUGCCGAUGAAGCCGGUUAUUGCGUGUAAUGCUAUGAUUGUUGGGUUUGGAGAGCAAGGAGAGAUAGCUAAAGCGAGGAGGAUUUUCGAUCAAAUGGAGGAUAGAGAUAAUGCGACUUGGCGAGGAAUGAUCAAAGCUUAUGAAAGAAAAGGUUUUGAAUUGGAGGCCAUUGAUUUGUUUGCUGAAAUGCAGAGACAAGGAGAAAGGCCGAGUUUUCCAUCAUUGAUCAGCAUUCUUUCUGUCUGUGCCACCUUAGCAAGCCUCCAAUACGGUAGACAGGUCCAUGCUCACUUGGUGAGAUGUCAGUUUGAUGUUGAUGUGUAUGUUGCCUCUGUUUUGAUGACCAUGUAUGUCAAAUGUGGUGAGCUUGUGAAAGCAAAGCUAGUAUUCGACCGGUUUCCCUCGAAAGAUAUUAUCAUGUGGAAUUCAAUCAUUUCUGGUUACGCAUCGCACGGGUUAGGAGAGGAAGCGCUUAAGAUUUUCCAUAAAAUGCCUUUUUCUGGUACCAUGCCAAACAAAGUCACCAUAAUUGCAAUUCUGACAGCAUGUAGCUAUGCUGGAAAAGUGGAGGAAGGGCUUGAGAUAUUUAAAUCAAUGGAAUCAAGGUUUUGCAUGACGCCAAUGGUUGAGCAUUAUUCUUGCACGGUGGAUAUGCUUGGGCGUGCAGGACAGAUAGACGAGGCAAUGGAAUUGAUUGAAAAUAUGACCAUCAAGCCAGAUGCUACAGUUUGGGGCUCGCUGUUGGGAGCGUGUCGAACUCACUCACGACUGGAUUUAGCCGAAGUUGCUGCAAAGAAACUUUUUGAAAUUGAACCGGAAAACGCUGGCCCAUACGUUUUGCUAUCUAGCAUAAACGCAUCUCAAGCUAAAUGGGGCAAUGUUGCAGAACUGAGGAAAAACAUGAGGGCAAGGAAUGUAAGUAAAUUCCCUGGUUGUAGCUGGAUUGAGGUAGAGAAGAAAAUGCACAUGUUCACUCGCGGAGGUAUCAGAAACCAUCCCGAGCAGGCGAUGAUAUUGAUGAUGUUGGAGAAAACAGAAAGAUUAUUGAGAGAAGCUGGAUAUAGUCCUGAUUGCAGCCAUGUGUUGCAUGAUGUAGACGAGGAAGAGAAAGCUGAUAACUUGAGAUGUCACAGCGAGAGACUCGCAGUGGCUUAUGGGCUCUUAAAGCUACCUGAAGGAGUACCCAUCCGGGUCAUGAAAAACCUUAGAGUCUGUGGAGAUUGCCACACCGCGAUUAAACUGAUUUCUAAAGCGACAGAGAGAGAGAUCAUUCUAAGAGAUGCAAACAGAUUCCAUCAUUUCAAGAACGGAGAGUGUUCCUGUAGAGAUUAUUGGUGA